ACCAGUACCAAUCAGCGGUCUCCUGUAGCAACAGCGCGCGUGCGGAGUUCAGGAGUUCGUUGGAGAUGUUAAUUCUGCUGUAACGGGUAUGGCUCAGCAUUUCUUUGGACAUACUGGUGCUGCUUCGUUUCAGUCAACACCUAAAGCAGGUCAUCAACGUUUAUCAUCAGUGAAGGUUCCAGAAGAGGGACAAAUUUUAGACAAUGAGGGAACAACUCAAACAAUGUCAUUUGUAACCUUUGAUGACAGCCAUGAGCAGCAAAGUGAGGACUCGGGCAUAAAUGUUUCACUCAGAAGUUCACCACUACGUGAAGUGGAUGACAGCAUUGUGUCCGCUCCUGUUACUGCAAGAAUUGAUGAGAUUGGGAAGAAAGCACAAGACCUUAUUGAGAGGAUCAAUCAGAGCCGUUCCAUGGAUCAAAAACUCAUGAACAGCUUUGAGGAAAAGCUAAUGAAGAAGGUGAGUGAAAUGUGCCAACAGGUGAAAGAGCAGAUGUUUGAGUAUUAUGACAAACACAGUCAAGAGAUGGAGACAAAGAUUGGUGAGCUCACUGAGGUGUUGGAGCGCAGUAGUCAGCUUAGCAUGGAGCUCCAGGAGGCCAGCCAAACACUAGCAGCUAUAAACAAGGGUUUGCAGUAAACCCUGGCCGGUAGAUAUGCAAUGACACACGAUGCAUGACACAGUCCUUAAUGUAUGUCCACUGCAAAAGGUCUGAAUAGCUGGAACAAGCUCAUAGUGCACAGUGAAGAAGUAUAAUUGUAAGGAAAUGUAGUCUGUACUUAAUUAACAUGAUACAAAUGUCUUCAGUUGUCAAAAAGGACUGGAUGAUAGUAAUUUCCAUACCACCAGCAAUCACACUUACUGGUAGCAGUACCAAAGUAAUUGCUUAACAUUCAGAGGAAAAACACUGGACAAUACAUGCUGUGUAACACAGUAGAAUAGAAAAGUAUCAGAGCUGUGUUGAAAAAUUGUAUUUGGCAGGAAGGCAGCAUCAGUAAAACCCAGCAAGGUUUUGUUAAAAUGUGUAAUUGAGAGUGCUAUGAGGUAUAAAAGACUGGAAAGAUGUAAUAUGAAAUGCUUUAUUCUGAAUUAAUAUGUUUUUAUUAAACUUGUUUCUGUUUAUUGGAAGCUAUUAAACUAUUUGUGCUUUAUCUCA